GUUCUUGCCACAGUUCCUCUUGAGAAGCAGAAGCUGCCGUGCUGCGGAAAGGCACGGUUGGAGAACCCCCCUCUCCGUUUUCCCCCAUGAAGCCCUUUCCUUUCUUAAUUCUGGCCGCAACUGCCCUGGCUGUUUUGAUGACAGAUGCUCGCAGGGGUAAGCUGCAAACCCUUCCCAGGAAGGGGCGAGGAAACUUCGAGGCAGGAGACACCUUAGCUGAUCCAGUGCUUUCAGUGGAGGCUGGAGAAGAGGUUAAAAUUCCCUGCCAACUUCAGGGGCCCAAAGUGACUUGGUACUGGAUUCCGCAGUACCCCAUCUGUGCUGGCUUCAGACACAGAAGCAAGAAGGAAAUAUUCUCUACAAGUUCUGUUGGAGAAGACCAGGUGCUGCUGGAGCGGUUUCAAUCGCGAGCAGAAAAGCAGGGAGAAAAGGGAGAGAGGAACUUGGUCCUCGUCCUCAAAAGCCUCUACAUGAACGACUCGGGCACUUUCUACUGUUUCAACGGCAACAGAAAUUCAUCAAAGAUCUCCAUCUCCGUGGAGCCUGAUAAAGAAAAUGGAAUUCGUGUCAGACCUUCUACCACACCCCCUCGACACCAUGGUUCGGUAACCCUCUCCUGUAAUCCCUGUAAGGACCAGAGAAGGGAUAAAUCUGAUGGCAACACGAAGAUCACAUGGACCCAAAAUGGCCUGCCAGUUUCCAACAAUAGUACAGAUAUCCUGGUAUUAAGGAACGUCAUAACAAUAGAACGUUUUUCUAGCCGCUAUUAUGGUCUCUGGAGCUGUUCUGCCUGUCAGAAUGGCUACUGUUUGGAAGGCAAUUUAGAAAAUCCAAGAAUGGAGGAUGACACACCAUCUGAGCCAAACCCUCAUCUGGAAGGGAAUAUGGCUGACCCGCGUAUAAUUGGGGGCUGCGUAGCUGGACUCCUUGCUCUCGUCUUGGUGGGAGUUGUCGUAUUCCUCAUCUGCAGGAAUCGUCGCUCACACAGCAUCAGUGAGACUACGAAGGGGAAGGAGAUGCAAGGGAGCAAGGACCCAGAUGGACCAGAAGGAUCUUCAAAGAGAAGAGAAGAAGCAGAACCUGGAAUGGAAGUAGAACCUGGAACGGAAGACCCCACCUAUAUGGAGGCAGCCGAUCGAAUCGAAUACUCAGCUCUAGAGUUCAGAGAGGCUGGAGGGUGCCAGACUAAGAUGGAUAACGGGAUGCCAGCCGUCGUAUACGCCGAAAUACCCAAGAGCAACUUAACCAAGAGGGUUGGCUAGUUGCUGCUGCCACUGCGCAUCUCAAGGAUCGCGAACAGAAACAAUUCCUUCUGACGAACUUAGGAAUUUCUGCAAACGUUUUAACAGCCCAGGAUACCAGGAAAGCUUGAUAGGACACCGUCUGAAGAAGUAUGAGCAGGAAGUGUUAGCAGCUGUGAACUAUUGGGGUCAGAGAAGGCGGAAGAGUGGCAGCCGUUUGAAAGGAAAUUUCCUGCCUUUGGAUUACAAAAUAUUAGAAACCACGCACACUGCAAUACAAUUCCGUCUC